GCUCCGCUCGUCUGGAUCCUUGGGACUUGGAAAGUGGGAGACAGACAGGCAACCUCGGGAUCCAGCGAAGAUGGGAAUAAGUCUUCGUGAUCGAGUCUCUACUUUGCACGUGUCCAGAGCUGCGCUGUAACGUUCAGGGCAACUUAGCAAAUACUGUGUUUUGUAGACUUCGCGUGUUGGAACAGCGCGAGCUAGCUUAGCGAGCAGCCGCUGGGACUGUCAGACACACAGGUACCGGAGAGGAGAGGAGGGCUCGGGGACAAAGGAAGGUGGCGAGGGGACGAUGAACCGCUUUCGGAAGUGGCUGUACAAGCCCAAGAGGACGGACCCUCAGCUCUUGGCCCAGUUCUACUACGCCGAUGAAGAACUGAAUCAAGUGGCCACUGAGCUGGACGGCCUGGACGGCCGGAAGGACCCUCAGAGAUGUACCCUGUUGGUCAACCAGUUCCGCUCCUGUCAGGACAGUGUGCUGAACAUUAUCAAUCAGAUAAUGGAUGAAUGUAUUCCCAACGACCGGGCCAACAGGGACUUUUCUGUCAAGUUCCCUGAGGAGAUUCGCCAUGACAACUUGGCAGGGCAGCUGUGGUUUGGGGCUGAGUGUUUGGCUGCCGGCUCCAUCAUCAUGAACAGAGAGAUUGAGAGUAUAGCAAUGAGGCCCCUGGCCAAGGACCUGACACGCAACCUGGAGGAGGUCCGCACCAUCACCAGAGACCAGGCCCUGAGAGACCUCAACUUGUACACGGACCGCAUGAAGGACGCGUUGCGACAUUUCGACAGCCUUUUUGCUGAGUUUGAGCUCAGUUAUGUGUCAGCCAUGGUGCCUGUGAAGUCCCCCAAAGAAUACUAUGUUCAGCAGGAAGUGAUUGUGCUCUUCUGCGACACGGUGGAAAGGGCCCUAAAGCUGGGAUAUCUCACACAAGACAUGAUCGAUGACUAUGAACCCGCACUGAUGUUUACAAUUCCCAGACUAGCCAUCGUAUGUGGGCUGGUCGUGUAUUCAGAGGGACCUCUCAACCUAGACCGAAAAUCCGAGGACAUGUCUGAGCUCUUCCGGCCUUUUCGCACUUUAUUGAAGAAAAUCCGAGACCUGCUCCAUACCCUUAAUGAGGAGGAGUUAAUGACACUAGAAAAACAUCUGUGUAUCACUCAAGACGGGGAAUUGUCCGCGGACCAGGGGCAGACUACAGACGGCUCACCAGCUUCAGUCCAAGAGGAUCACUCGCCCUCCAGCCCCGCUAAUGAUGCCUCCAAAGGGGAGAGUGAGGGUGAACAAGAGCAUCUGGCUCCAUGUGUCUGUCCCAGCCAGGAGGAUGGGCCGGCUGAAGUGGAAAAAGGCUGGGAGGAGGUAGAGAUGGGAGAGGAGGAGCAGGAGCAGGGCCUGCUGUGUGAGGAGGCCGAAGAGGCCGAGUUGGCCUGUUCCAUGCAGUACGACGAGGAGGAACUGGAGCAGCUCAACAUGAUGGUGUACCGUGUGGGGGACGAAAUGUCCACCUUUCUGUCACCUCCCAGCCAGGGUCAGUCGCCAGCACACCGUCCCCACAGAGGAGAGGCAGGAGGCUCCAGUGGGUCUUCCAGCACUGAAGCGUCUCCUCGCAGGCUCCAGGUGGGCCGAGGAAGGACAGGCGUCUAUUUAGAGGAGGAAGACAAGGUCUUCUUCAUGGAGGACCUGGACGCAGCGGGAGAUGGCGUCACCGGCAUUUCAAAAGAGGCUUGUCGUUGUAUCUCCUCUCCUUCCAACGUGCAGGAGUCUGCUCGUCCUGUGCAGUGCAAGCUGGGACCACAGCCGGACUCCGCCGGGAACGGUCGGUACGCCGAAGCCCAGUCAGAGCAGCCGUGCCCACAGCCACGCGGCCAGAACACACACUGUCCCCGAGCAAAGUGUCCCCCUUGCACUUCCGCUCUCGGCUCUGAUUCCUUGACUUACACCAACGGGUGGGAGAUGGGCUUGGAGGGGGCAGCGUCCGAAACGGCUGAGGUCAUCGCCCACCGUAUGGGUGGGAUGAAGCUCUCUGCAACGGUCAUCUUCAACCCUUGUUCCCCCAGCUCGACAGAGCUGGUCGUGGACAAGCUGCCGAGGCCAGCUCCUUCUGACAUUGAGCCCGGUGGCCCCCUGGUGGCCACCCACUGCCUGCUCAACUCCUGUGUCUGCUGUGGGAGCUGUGAGGAUGGUCGUGAGGAUGCCAUCACCGCAGAGUCCACUGGACUCGGGUUAGGCCUCGCCCUCGGAUUGGAUAACCACUGUAAGACGGCAGCUCCCGGCACUGUCCUCCAGUCUUCUGCUCGCCGUCUGCCCCCACAAGGUCACGGGCCUCGCAACAAGGGUGCGCUCGCUCCGUUGAAUCCCCCUUCUUCUUCUCGCUGCUCUGCAGAGUCCCUGGAAGAGGAUUCAAACUCACAGCUAUGUGAGAAGUGCCUGGUUGUGGCGCCAUGGCCGGGGCAUCACCCUCAUGGCUCCAGUGGUGGGGAUGGACCCUCCCUGUGCAACCACCAGCUGCGUAAUGGGAAGAGGCAGCAGGCCACUGGGGGCCGCCCGAGGGAAGAGGAGACGGAUAAGGACACGCCAGGAACUAAAGACUUGAAGAGGGACACCAAAGAAGACGGCAGGAUAAGCUCCAGUUUUCAGAGCUCUCCCCUCAGCUCUGUGUCAGGUAGUGACUGUGAGAGUGUGUCGGUCACCACUUGUAGUCUGUCAAGCAGUCCAUACACUCCCAGCCCUGUCAGCAGCCUGACCCCCAGCUCAGGGAUGUCAGAGGACCUGGACCAUCGGGAGAUCCAGCUGGCCCUGCAGAACGCCAAGCUGGCUGCCAGGAACAAGAUCCGCUCGCGCUUCCACAGCAGCAGCGAUCUCAUCCACCGUCUCUUUGUUUGUAUAUCAGGUGUCGCUGACCAGCUGCAGACCAACUAUGCCAGUGACCUUCGCAGCAUCCUCAAGACUCUGUUUGAAGUCAUGGCGACCAAGUGUGAGGAGGGAGACGGCGAGAGCCAAAAGAAAGCAGGGCCUGUGCUGCGCAGUGCCGUGCUGGAAGACUGCGCCCUCUGUCAGGAGACCAUUUCCUCAUCUGAAUUGGCAGCCAAGGCCAGAGACGGCCAAUUCGAAGACCCUCCAGACUGGGUCCCGGAUGAAGACUGCAACUCCUGCAUUGCCUGCAAGGCUCCUUUCACCGUCAUCCGCAGGAAGCAUCACUGUAGGAGCUGUGGAAAGAUCUUCUGCUCGCGCUGUUCCUCCCAUUCUGCUCCGUUGCCCCGGUACGGCCAGGUGAAGCCCGUCAGGGUUUGCACACACUGCUACGUGUUUCACGUCACGCCCUUCUACAGCGACAAGGCCGGCAUCUAACUGCACAACUGUUGCUUCAGAGGGACUGGCAACCAAAGGGUUUGAUCGCGGCUCCCAGCCAACACGCAAUGAUUCACAAAUGCCUGCCUGAGUUCUAGAGGUGUAAAGGAGAGAGAGAGCGGAUGAACGGGCAAUAACAGAUUUUGAACUGACAUUGUGCAACGGUCCUCUGUAGCAGUUUGCAGCACAAAAUCAGAACAGGCCACUUUGUUUGAUACGUUGUUUUAGUUGUAAAAUUGAAGCACUUGUGACAUAUUUUCUCUGCUUAUACGAGCUUCCUACAAUUGUGCCAGGGCUCCCCCCCCCUGGAUUACUCAAAAGAAUGUAAGUCAUGAUAACCAUGUAAAUAAGGAUACAUCUGGUAAUAGCUACGCUGCAAUGUCUUCAGUAAACAUUUGCUAUUUAUAUGGGAACUGGAAAGCAAACCUCUCCACACUACCAGUCAUGGUAAAGCAAACAUGAAACACAGACAGCUUUUAUAUUAAGAUUCUCUCAUGCUUUUUAAUAGCAAUGAAUGUGUAAUUCUGCAUCACUUUGUGAAAAGGUGUCCAGGUUCCAUCACGUUUGACCGCUCAGCUCUUUGUGGCGAGCGUCUACAGUCACACCCCGGCAUGUUCGCUUCUCUCUGAGGACUCCGCUGCACACUGAGAUGAUUAAAAGGGAUUCCCGAGUCAUCGCUGUCGGGUCUCGAAGGCCCCCCAGUGGAGAGUUGACCUCUCUUCGCUUGGUGGCCUCGUCACCAUGCCGUGUACAGUUUGUUUUGAACCCAGAGGCCUUCUAAUGUGCUGGCCUACAGGCCAAUUGUUGCCCAUUGAUUUAUCUUCCUACAAUAUUACUACUAACUGCAAUGGUCCUGCACAUUUUAGAGAUGGUAUGUAGCUAUAUACAUUGUAGUUAUAGGCCAUUUUUAAAGGGAUAAAUUGUACUGAUUUGGGUUUACACAAAUUGACUUCCAGCUUUUGCUCUGGUUGUACUGUUGGACAAGAACAGAUAUUUUGUCCCCAGAUUAACAUCAUUUGCACCUGACUUCCUUUUCUGCUCUUGAAUCUGCUUCCAUUGACCGCGUACAAAGAGUCUUCCAUGAUGUCACAGUUUGUGUGUCAAAUCUGGACCUUUGAGCAACACCCGUGAGAUAUCUCGUCAUGUCCCUUCUGCUCUGGUGUAAAGCAGUUUCUCAGGCAUUACAUAAUCAAAAUCACUCACUACUCUUGAAUCAAUCUAGUUUUCAUCAGAGAACAUAUGAACUCACUUUGAAAAGGUAUGUUUGUUUCCUUUUAUAAAGAACAAAAAUAAUGUAUGAAGCUAUAAUUACUUUGAUGUAAAAUACAAAGAAUCAUGCAGUAAUUAAAGGGAGGGGUAUCCAGUUUAUUAAUUCAUUUCCAUGAUAAGAGCUGUGUAAAAUAUUCAACAAACAAAUAAUGUUAUAUAGUUUUAAAUGCGAUGUAUAUUGAAAUAAAUUACUUUUUCCUGUUUAAAAUGUC